GGUACAUAAGCAUUUCCCCAUUCAAUCCAUUACCAUAUACUGUACCAUAGGCUUUCUCUAUAGUACAUUAAUUAGGGUUGUCUAGUAAUGAAUAGAAUGCCAUCUUCACAGGUGAAAUAUCAUGCGAUUAUGGGGAAAUGUGUCUACCUGCUCAUUUUCUUUUAUGUUUCUGGACUACACUUUCUGUCCGCAUCAGCUGUGGUCCAUUUGGUUCAGGCUGGACAAAAUGCUUCCCUGUCGUGCAACCUCACAAACAGCAAAGAAAUAAUCUGGUUCCAAAUGCGCUCAGAGGAACUUGUCACCCUUAUAACUGUUACCAGGCGAUCACGUUUUCUAAAUACUGCAGAAGUUAUUAAGGAAGACACAGAUCACUUUGACACAAAGGAAAGCAACAGUUUGGAGAUCAUUGUGGUGACAGAAGCAGAUUUGGGAUUGUACUACUGUGCUGGUCGCUACAAUGGGACAGUGCGAUUUGGAAAAGGCAUCCGCCUGACUUUUACAGAAACAUGGCUAGCUUGGGAUAUGCUGUCGGAGUCGGUACAGCCAACGGGAUUUUCAGUGCUUUGCGCCGACAGGAAUAAACAUCUCUCCGACGCAGAGGUGGCAGAGAGGGAAUUGGUGUCGUGUUGGACUCUCCUGGCCUGUGUUGCCCCAGUAUCAGUCUUGUUCGGCGCCCUCUGUCUCUUUGGACUCUGUAUCCGGUCAGGUAAAACAACAUGUUUGUGCAACACCUGUGAGAACAGGAAUUCAAGUCUCAAGGAAGUGGGUCUGCAAUAUGCCAGUCUGAAGCACAUUGGUAAUGCCCGCCCCGCUGAUCAGCGAGUGCCAGGAUUGGGCCAGGGGGAUGUCACCUAUGCAACAGUGGCCCAAUGUGUUCACACAGGCACAUGAUACAUCACAUGUACUUCUGACAUGGUUCUUGGAAUAUCCAUUCUUGAUGGAAAUAAGAUUGUAUUUUGAUUCAUGCAUGUAUGUGUGUCUCUGUAAAUGUUGAAAAGGCUAAUGUUAUAAUUAUUGUUAAUGUUCUCCAAAGAAUCUCAAUAAAAACAUUUUAAGGCAACAGGAUAUAGAAUUAGUUGGAUAAAAUAAUCAUAUCUUGGGUACCUUGAAAGGCGCAAAUAAAUGUACUAUAUUAUUAAAGAGCAACUUUUGUAAAAUGUAGUUGUACUGUAAUAAAACUAAAUAAAAUACGAACUGUCUGUUAAGGA